GCGCGAGCGUUGUCGCGCAGGUCGGAUUAAAAAAAGAAAAUCUCUGUGGACAAGAAGCCAUUGUGCGCGAGCCUGUGGAGGAUUUAAUUCAUUAAUUCCCCCCCCCCACCCCCCCGUGAUAUAAAGAGGGUUUUUUUUCUUCUUUUUUCUAUGUGACUGAGCUCACAGCAUGGGGACACUGCUGUUAUUUGCUGCCCUGCAGGUGGUGACGGUCACUGUGGUGACUGCAGGCUGCCCGGUGGUUUGUGAGUGUCCAGCGGGACCCCCGUCAUGUCCCCCGGGUGUCAGCUCGGUGCCGGACGGCUGCGGCUGCUGCAAGGUGUGUGCAGCCCAGCUCAACCAGGACUGCCACGAAGGACGGCCCUGUGACCACCACAAAGGCCUGGAGUGCAACUAUGGCAAUGAUGUGGGCCGUACCCACGGCAUCUGCAGGGCCAAGGCCGAGGGCCGCUCCUGCGAAUACAACGGGCGGAUUUAUCAAAAUGGCGAGAAUUUCCGUGCUGGCUGCAAGCACCAGUGCACCUGCAUCGACGGAGCGGUGGGCUGUGUGCCCCUUUGCCCCAGCCACGUGCCCCUGGCGUCCCCGGCCUGUCCUGCCCCACAGCUGGUCAAGGUGCCCGGUCAGUGCUGCCUGAGCAUCGACUGCCACAAGGGAACCACCGCCGUGGACCCAGCGCACCGGCGGCCGCCACCUCCGGCUUACCGGCCGUACCCGUUCAUUCCCUACCCGGCCUACCCCUUCCCCAAGCCGUAUCCAAAACAAUACAGGAAGCUGUACCCCUACAAACCCAAGAAGGAGAAGGACACGGGGAUGGGGAACGAGCUGGUGGAGGUGGGGCGCAAGUGGGACAAGCCACGUGGAAUCAAGCAGCUGGCGGCCUGGAGGCAGAUGGGAGGCCAGUGUGUGGUUCAGACUACUUCCUGGUCCCAGUGUUCCCGGAGCUGUGGGAUGGGCGUGUCCUCUCGUGUUACCAAUGACAAUGCCCGCUGUAAGCUGAUAAAGGAGACGCGUCUGUGCAACGUUCGGCCCUGCAGCUCCAUGUCCAACCCUGUCAAGAAAGGUAGAAAGUGCUCUCGCACCCAUAAGGCCCCGGAGCCGCACCGCCUGUCGUACGCCGGCUGCAGGAGCACGCGCCUUUACAGGCCCAACUACUGCGGCGUGUGCAAGGACGGACGCUGCUGCUCGCCCCGCCGCACGCGCACCGCCAGCGUGACCUUCGCCUGCCCCGACGGCGAGCGCUUCAACAGGUCUGUGAUGUUCAUCCAGUCCUGCAAGUGCAGCGACGAGUGCAACCAUCUCAAUGAGGCCGCCCUGCCGCCACAGCGAUGGCUCUAUGGAGACACACACAAGUUCAUCGACUAACGGCGUCUUCCACACCCCCCCCCCCCCCUCCCCCCGACCUACAUUCCUUCAAACACACACACAAAAAAAGAAUUUGAUUCCCCCUAGAUUAGAAUAGCUUAGUAUAUCUAUCUAGAAAGGUGCACGCAUCAUCAUCAUCAUCUUUUAUGGAAAUUGAUUUGGGGAGGAAUGGGGAGAAGAAAAAUGUAUCAUCUCCAGCUUGGAAAGAAAAGGGGUGAACGACCCCUGCUUUAGUGAAGUUUAAAGAGUAGCUUUUGGCCUGGCCACACUACUUCAUAAUGACAUGGAUGCAACCGGCCGCCAUGUUGCUGCCACGCACCAACUGUCCUCUAAACUCUGAGACUUUUAUUGGGGGGGACAAUGGACCAAGUUGGCACAGAUUCACAUUACUUUUAGAGAGAGCUGGCGUUAACGGCGCUUUGGAGCUGGAAUCAUCGGUGUGUGCGCGCUCCACUCAACAUCUGAGGACUGAUAAACCAAACCAAGACGCACAGAGACAACUUGGCAGAAAAGACUGGGGCCCGUGACGGUGUAAGAUGGAGGUGCAUCUCACAUGCUCCGACAGAAGCGUGGUGUGUGUGUGUCUUUUUUAUGGUAUUUAUUCAUUGGUAUUUAUUGUUGGGACAUACAUGAUGACACUGUGGUCUGCCACCAUGGAAGGUGGUCCUGCUACAUGUAUGUUUGGAGAAUCAGUGUGGCUGAACAUGGAUCUGAGAGGGACAGAGCAGCUGUCAGCCGCAAAACAGAGGAGACGACUCCUGGGCUUGACCCCUGGGGGUAGAUCAGAGGUCACAGCAGUCAAAUACAUAUAUCUAUUGAUGGACGAUGAUGGCUAAAGGACAAGAGGUGGUGCCUCGUGGUUUACAGCUUUGUGGGGCAUUAGUGAGAAAUAUGUCAAAAGGAUGUUUAAACAGCUGAACUCAUCCCCUGAUUUGCCUCCAUGUGAAACUGAGACAUUUAGCAAGCACCACAAGAACAAGCCUGGGAUUCUGGCGUCAAGAAGUUGACCACCUAAUUCUGCGUAAAUUACAAUCCUCACUCCGAGGGACAGAAAUCGGCCACUCUCUGGUUUGCUGUAAAAAUACGAUUUGAAAACUUGGUUGAAACGGAGUCAACAUGUAAUUUGUGACUGGCGGGCGGAGACGCUCUGGUGGCCAAUCUGGCCUGUAAUCGAGCAACACUGCAGCUCACUGAAACAACACAAUGACACAUGCGUCUCCGUGCUUAAGUGGCGGCUAUUUCUGACAAACGGCGGGCACUGAUGCCCACUGUCGUCAGUGGACGUCAGCGUUAGAGACAGAGAGGAGGCUCUGUGGCCGUGCAGAGGACAGAGCCCAGACGUGAGCAAGAACUUGACUCCAAGUUCCUAAUAAAGACACAACUGAAGGAGAGGAGUUGUGGAAUAUUCUCUCAUUUUGUGACUGAGACUGUGUAUAAUGACUGACAAACACCAGCAUCGUCCUUGACUGACAGCUGGGUUCAAGUACAUGCACCUUAGCACAGCGCUUAUUCAUUGCCUUUUCUCGUCGACCAAUUCUCAUGUGAAUGAAAGAGUAAAAUGCAGAGAGAAGGUCAUUUCAAACUGAUUUUUAGUUUUACUGCAGAUGCAUAUACAAUUCUGAUUUGGUGAUUCUAAAUCAUUUGUACCAUUUUAUGACCUGAUGUUGUGCCAUAACACAGUGGCUUAGCUGUUGAGACUUCAACCAUCUUGUGGAUACUAACUAUAGGCUUUUUUUUUUAGUUCUUAAAACUCUACAGACGAUUAAAGGACGUUUGGAAAAUGUUUGCAAAAACUGUCCACAUAGAUGCUGUGGUUUUUGUACUGUAUGUCUAGAUUUGUUACAGGAUACUAUAGAGCAGCUACAUACUAUAUGUACAUAUGCAUCAAUACCUUCUUUGUAGUUCUGUCUGCUGUAUAAGAGCCAUGUUUUUUUGACCAAGUAAUGCUGACAUAGUCCACGUAUAGUUCUGAUUCUGUAAGAGUACUGAAUUUAAAAGCAUGCUGACUGUAUGUCUACUAGUGACCAUCAAACGUGUAACUACAAAGUCAUGCUUUUUGGCUUACGCAGUCUAAACACAAUUGCCCAUGUUGCUCACAAAUUCUUCUCUGGAUGUUUUUCAUAUAUUUCAAUUGCAUUUGAAUAAAGACAUUUUCACCGUG